AUGUCGGCCCUCAGCGCGCUCACGGCGGCAUCGCUCUUCAACAUUAAGGGCUGGGUCACGGUUGUCACUGGAGGCGGUACUGGCCUCGGCCUUAUGACAGCACGAGCACUUGCAGCGAAUGGAGCCAAGGUCUACGUUACAGGCAGACGACUCGAGAAGCUCAAGGAUGCAGAGUUGAGCGACUCUGCGAGCGGCGGAUCUAUAAUCGGAAUUCAGAUGGACUGCACGGACAAGCGGAGCAUCCGGGAAGGCGUCAAACUCAUCUCGCAAAAGGAGAAAUGGGUCAAUCUACUCGUCAAUAACGCUGGCGUGACAAGCGUGAACUACGGCCCUGAUGGCGCUCCGAAGGGCAGUGUCAAGGACAUCAGCGAGACGAUGUUGAACAGUCAGGAUUUCGAUGACUGGACCUCGAUCUACAAGAUUAAUGUCGCCAGCUACUAUUUCACAUCGGCUGCAUUCCUGCCUUUACUGGUCGCUGCGAGAGAGCAAGGCUAUACUGAGGCUGGAUCUAUCCUGAACAUCUCUUCGAUAUCCGGCAUCACCAAGGAGAGUCAGAACGGCCAAUUCUCCUACAAUGCAUCGAAAGCCGCCACGAUCUCAUUGACAGAACAACUAGCCGUGGACUUCAAGAGACCGGAUCUUGAAAUUCGUGUUAACACGCUGGCACCAGGCUACUUCCCCUCGGAGAUGACGCCCGUGAAUGAGCAUCUCGGGAAAGAGAAGCAGUACUUCAGAGAGAAGUGGGGCGUGCCUUUUGGGCGGGCUGGAACUCCCAAAGAUUAUGCACAAGCGCUGCUGAAUUUUGCAACUAAUGGAUAUGUCACAGGGUCGACUCUCGUCAUCGACGGUGGAUGGCUCUUGGCCCAUGCAUAA